AUAUAAAUAUGGGUCAGAUAUGGCCUAUUUGAGAUUGAAACUGAAUAUAUGAAGAUGAAAUUCAUUGUGCAAAAUCUUGGAGUCUCUAUUUUCUUCAAAGUUUUCCUUAUUAUAGCUAUUAUAUCUCAAACCUUUGGAAGCAAAACAGAUUAUUAUAGAAGCAACAAAGCCUUGUUCAUUUUUGGGGAUUCAUUCUUAGAUGCUGGCAAUAACAAUUACAUAAACACUACAACCUUUGACCAAGCAAAUUUCUUGCCCUAUGGAGAAACUUACUUCAACUUCCCAACAGGUCGAUUCUCUGAUGGCCGUUUGAUAUCAGAUUUUAUUGCUGAAUACGUAAAUAUUCCACUGGUUCCACCAUUUCUACAACCUGACAAUAACAAAUAUUACAAUGGAGUGAAUUUUGCAUCUGGUGGAGCAGGUGCACUUGUUGAAACUUUCCAAGGCUCGGUAAUACCUUUCAAAACACAAGCAAUAAACUUCAAGAAAGUAACAACUUGGUUGAGGCACAAGUUAGGCAGUUCUGAUUCCAAAACAUUGUUAUCAAAUGCUGUCUACAUGUUUAGCAUCGGAUCUAAUGAUUAUCUUAGCCCAUUUUUGACAAAUUCUGAUGUUCUAAAACAUUAUUCUCAUACAGAAUAUGUUGCCAUGGUGAUUGGUAACUUCACUUCUACUAUCAAGGAAAUACAUAAGAGAGGGGCUAAAAAAUUUGUGAUUUUAAACUUACCACCCUUGGGAUGUCUUCCAGGAACUAGAAUAAUUCAAUCACAAGGAAAAGGUAGCUGCUUAGAAGAGCUUUCAUCACUUGCAAGUAUACAUAAUCAAGCACUCUAUGAGGUUCUCUUAGAAUUGCAAAAGCAACUAAGGGGCUUUAAAUUCUCUCUCUAUGAUUUUAACUCAGAUCUUUCUCAUAUGAUCAACCAUCCCUUAAAAUAUGGCUUUAAGGAAGGAAAAUCAGCAUGUUGUGGGAGUGGACCAUUUAGAGGAGAGUAUAGUUGUGGUGGAAAAAGAGGAGAGAAACACUUUGAAUUAUGUGACAAACCCAAUGAAAGUGUAUUUUGGGAUUCUUACCAUCUUACAGAAAGUGCUUACAAACAAUUGGCAGCUCAAAUGUGGAGUCCUACUGGAAACUCUCAUACUAUUGGGUCUUACACUAUUAGAGAUUUCUUUCAAGCAAUGUGAUUUGCUUCAUGAUUUAUUAUUAUUCUCCCAUAUUUAUAACAUAAAUAAAAAUAGUUAAUCUCUAGUAUAACUUAAUUGUGUGCAUAAAAUGGAUGUAGCACCAGUGCUGCGAGCAAACUGGAUUGUGUAACACCAUAAUUUUUCUUAUAAUGUACGUAUGAACAUAUUUGAAAAUAGUAGUCAUAGUUGUGGUAAUUUAGAGUAUGUUUGUUUUA